UCUCGGCGGACGCCGUGGGGGUUCCCUGAGAUCGGACAGGGACGAUGCGCUGUGCCUGGGGACGCGUUGUUUUUCUCCUCGAGGGAUAUAAGGGAGCACGGGAAUCACAUCUCUUUUCUCUUUUCUCCAUCAUUCAUCCCCCGCUCGCUCUUUAUAACCCCCAAUCCUAAUCCCCUCACCCACCACAACCUUUCAACCCACCACCCACAAUGCACGCCACCACCGUCCUCGCUACCCUCCUUGCCACCCUCGCCGUCUCCAACGCCCUCCAGGUCACCAGCCCUACCGAGGACGACGUCUGGUCCUCCAGUGGCUCCCAGACCAUCUCUUGGGACUCUGUCUCUACCGACCCCGACACCUUCGUGAUUGAGCUCGUCGAAUCUGGUGGCCAGAACGGUGUUACCAUCGUCAAGAACCAGACUUCCAGCGACGGCUCUGUCACCGUCUCUUACCCCGACGGUGACUGGCCCACUGGUACCGCUUUCCAGGUUAACCUCCUCUCUGCAAAGUCUGCCAUCCUCGCCCAGUCUGACCAGUUCAACAUCACCGAGUCCGACUCUUCUUCUUCAUCCUCUUCUUCCGAGUCUAGCUCUUCUUCAAGCUCUUCCAGCGCUUCUUCGAGCUCUUCCUCUGCUUCCAGCAGCAAGGCUUCCACCACCUCUGCCGCUGUCGCCAGCACCUCCGCUGCCGCUUCUAGCAGUGGCGCCGGCUCUGCCGCCGCUAGCACUUCUACCUCUGGCUCCAUCCCCAACUCUUCUGCCGCCGCCUCCUCCUCUGCUUCUUCUGGCUCUGCCCUUACCUCCUCCGUCGCCAUCGGCUCCAUCGCCCUUGCCUUCGUUGGUGCUUUGAGCGUCAUUGCCUAAACGCCCACUCUUCCUGUAUAUAGCCUGUGAAGAAUGCCGUGGUGUCAAGACGGCUAGACUUUUUCCUCUUUCGUGGUCGUGGUCGGUAGUACAAAUACAGCGCUCUUUGAGUGCCAGUAGCUUUAUAUUCGUCGGUUUACAUCGUAUGGACAAUUUUCUUAGAUAUCUCGGUCUGGUUACCCCUUAUUGAUAUGAAUCCUCUAUCCAUUCUG